CACCUCGCCUCGACCCUGCCUGCCUUCACGUAGAAGCACACCAAGACCGAGCUAUCCACCUCGCCUCGACCCUGCCUUCACCUAGAAGCACACCAAGACCUAGCAUGGACCACAAGACUGCCGCCCGGCCGGAAAGCGUACGGGCGUUCGCCCUCGCCCGCGCCACCGUCGUCGUCUUCGCCUUGGCCACAGCGGCCGACUACGUACUCGACCGCUACCACCUCUGCAGCAGCCACAGUCAGGCUUCCUUCAUCCUGCCGUGCGUCAGGGUGACGGCCGCGGCGGCCGCCGAGUGGAGGGCCCUCUGGCUCGCCAUGGUCUGCUGCGCGGUGCUCGAGGUGACCGUCGCGGCGCUGGCACUGCGGCAUCCACGCCGCGCCCUGGCCCUCGCCUACCUCCAGCUCGCGCUCACCAUCGUCCGCCACUACAUGUACGUCCGCGCCCUCCGCAUCCUCCUCGCCGCCGACCCAGGAUACCACCUCACCUUGAUCUGCAUCGCGAGCAUCUCCUGCUUCAUAGCGCGCGACGCCACCAGCUUCAUGUUCAUGGACCUUCUCCUCGGAGGCGAGGAGUGAGGAAUUCAGCUAGCUGCACUGCACUGCAGGGGAUCAUGCCCAUGCCCAUCAAUCAGCUCAGGAGGUACUGCGAGUAGUUCUAACUUCCAAGGGAUAGUAAGUACUGUAUGUGUGAAUCGAUCUAGUACUCUAGUAUGCAUUAUGAUCGAGUGCCGUAUGUGUGGUGCCGAUUGGACCGAUCGACUAUACUAGCUGGUUACUCCAUUUUUGGGGCAGUAUAAUUAGCCUCAAUGAUCCUGGUUAGUCUUGGAUGUACUGUAUGAGACAUCAGUUAUCUGCAUGCAUGCUGUUUCCGGUCUUGAGUCAGUACGUGAGCCAUUGUUUUGCAUUCA